UCCGAUUGGCCGACGCCGACCGGAAGUGAGGCAGGGACGGGGAAGGGCGUCUGCCCUUUCUUCGCCUCGCGACCCCAGAUUAAAAUGGCUUCUAGAGGAAAAACCGAGACCAGCAAACUGAAACAGAACUUGGAAGAGCAGUUGGACAGACUGAUGCAGCAGCUUCAGGAUCUUGAGGAAUGCAGAGAAGAACUUGAUGCAGAGGAAUAUGAAGAAACCAAAAAAGAAACGCUGGAACAGCUAAAUGAGUUCAACGAUUCCCUGAAAAAAAUCAUGUCUGGAGACAUGACUCUGGUAGAUGAACUCAGUGGGAUGCAGCUGGCUAUUCAAGCAGCAAUCAGCCAGGCCUUUAAAACUCCCGAAGUCAUCAGAUUAUUUGCAAAGAAACAGCCCGGGCAGCUGCGAACAAGGUUGGCAGAGAUGGACAGAGACCUAAUGGUAGGAAAACUGGAAAAAACCCUGUAUACACAGCAGAAGGUGGAGAUUCUGACAGCUCUAAGAAAACUUGGAGAGAAGUUAACUCCAGAGGAUGAGGACUUCUUGUUGGCCAAUGCAGGCGCGGUCCUUAGCCAGUUUGAGAGAGUCUCUAGUGACCUUGGCUCUGGGGACAAGGUCCUUGCUCUGGCGAGUUUUGAAGUAGGAAAAACAAAAAAAUGAGGAGGCGUUUGAAUUGGGAACCCUGGCUUCUGUAGUCAAAAUCAUCGGACAUUGACCAAGUCGUAAAUGACUUUUUUUUUUCUUCUGGGGAUUAGAAGUCAUUACAUAGAAACCAAGACGAUCCUUAAUGAGGAGUCAGUUCUAAAAGUGCACUUGUGACCAGAGUCUAACAAACCUCCCAGAAUCCCUCCAGAAGGUACAUACUGUUGGUCCUUUUAAAAAAAAGAAAUUGUACUAUAAUUUGCUUCUUCAAGAGAACAGAAAAGAAAAUGCCUUUUUAUGCCUGUGAGCUUCUCUGUCUCUUUUAUAGCUCCUUGUUUGCCUGUUCUGGCCCAUUCAGGCAUAUCUAAAGAGGAGAACCACUCCUCUCUUUCUCAUGCCCUCUCUUCCCUGCAAGGCUCAAGUCUGUGUCUGACGUCUUCUUUCUUUAAGGAACCUUGUACUCUACCAUUAAAGACAAAAACAAACA